AUGCGACUUGAAUGUGCACGACUCGCAGUAGUUAGGUGGGUCACAGACUGGACCCUCCGACAGGGUGACGCCAGGGCCCGACAUUACCUGCACCACGUGGGGUUGAUGUUUGGGGAAACUCCUCUCUUCACCUCCGCUCCUGCCACGCUGUUCUCCUCCUCCUUGCAUUCGCCCAUCCGCCUGACCACCUCAUCCUUCAGCCAGGACCUGCUCCGCCUUCUGCAGCUGCGUAGGGGCCCACAGACAGAGCUUUGUCCUGUACCUCCACCGGCCCUCACACUUCUGCCACCUGCACCAGACACCACUUGGGAUUUGAGCCCUCGUCCCUCACCUCAUGCCAUCGGGGCCUGUCAGUGA